UUCAUAAACCAAACAGAAUAUGGUUUUCCAGAGAAGAUUGCAUUUGUCAAAAACGAAAAGAAUUGCAGCACGAAUAUGGAACAGUAGAAAGUAAGAGGGACCAAAUUAGAUUAGCAAAAAUAGAGUACUGAAUACUAGUAAAAGAAUAAAAGAGGAUCUCAACAAUGGUGAGAGGCUUGCUUCGUCAGCUUGGCGCUCAGUCACUCUCCGUCGCCGGAAAAUGGCAGCAACAACAGCUCCGCCGCCUCAACAUCCACGAGUUUCAGGUUAUUUGUUCCCGUUGUAAAUAUGAUGUUGAUGCUGCGUAUGCCUUUGUUGCUUAGGUUCCAAAAAAAAAAAAAAAAAAAAACUAUGUAUCAAUUUUGAUUUACUCUGACUUUACAAAAAAUGGAUCAUUUGCGUUGUUGUGUCACUGCUAACUGUUAAGCAAUCAUUUGCUGUUUGUGAAGUUUUGCUUGUUUCUCAUAUGCUGCUGAUGCCGUUUAUAUUUCCAUUGCAUAGGAUCUCACUCUGGUAUAUCUGGAAACUAUAUGACAAUAAUAAUCAAACAUCAAUUUUGAUCUGGUUUGAAUUUUCAGUUUUGAAUAAAGAAGGGUCAUAAAGAUUAUCUGAAAUGGAACAUUUGUGUUGACAUGUGGCUGCUAAAUGGCCCCCGGGGCUUUGGUUUAGUGGUAAGAGCGCAUCACAGCUUGUGAUGCGUGGGUUAGGUGCAUGUCACGGAUUUGAUCCUUGCCACAGAUAAAAGCCUGGUAUUUAAGUGGAGAAGGGUAGAGGGGCGGACACAUUAUCCACCGAGUUUUGAACCAUGCGCCACCGGCCAUGGGGAUUUCUCGGUUAUUAAAAAGAAAAGAAAAAAUAGCAUGGCUGCUAAAUGUAAAGCAAUCAUUUGGCGUGUUAUAAUUUUGUGAUGUACAUGGUAGUAAACUUUUUUCUUGCUUAUUAAAUUAUGGAGCUGAAUUGAUGGGCAAAUAUGGGAUCAAUGUUCCAAAAGGUGUUGCUGUUACUACCCUUGGAGAUGUGAAAAGAGCAAUUCAAGACGUAUUACCUGACCAAAACGAGGUGGUUGUUAAAGCACAAGUCCUUGCUGGUGGACGUGGGUUGGGAACUUUCAAAAAUGGAUUUAAGGGUGGAGUUCACAUUGUCAAGACUGACCAGGCUGAAGACAUAGCCGGGAAGAUGCUCGGACAGAUACUUGUUACUAAACAAACUGGAGCUCAAGGAAAAGUUGUCAGCAAGGUUUAUCUUUGUGAGAAGAUGCCCCUUGUGAAUGAAAUGUACUUCUCUAUCAUACUUGAUCGUGCAACUGCUGGCCCUCUCAUAAUUGCCUGUUCAAAGGGAGGUACCAGUAUCGAAGACCUGGCUGAAAAAUUUCCUGACAUGAUUAUAAAGGUUCCCAUUGAUGUGUUUAGAGGAAUCACUGAUGAAGAUGCUGCAAAGGUCGUUGAUGGUUUGGCUCCUAAAGUAGCUGACAGAAAUGAUUCAAUUGAACAAGUGAAAAAGUUAUAUAAUAUGUUCUGUGAAUGUGACUGCACAAUGUUAGAGAUCAACCCCCUUGCUGAAACAUCUGAUAACAAGUUGGUAGCUGCUGAUGCUAAGCUCAAUUUUGAUGAUAAUGCUUCUUACCGUCAAAAAGAAAUUUUUGCUCUCCGUGAUUCAUCACAAGAGGAUCCUCGUGAGGUUGCUGCUGCAAAAGCUGAUUUGAACUAUAUUGGCUUAGAUGGAGAAAUUGGUUGCAUGGUGAAUGGCGCUGGGUUGGCAAUGGCUACCAUGGAUAUAAUUAAGCUUCAUGGAGGGACUCCAGCCAACUUUCUUGAUGUUGGUGGUAAUGCCUCUGAAGGACAAGUUGUGGAGGCUUUUAAAAUUUUGACUUCAGAUGAGAAGGUAAAAGCAAUCCUGGUUAACAUCUUUGGAGGAAUAAUGAAGUGUGAUGUGAUAGCCAGUGGUAUUGUCAAUGCGGCCAAACAGGUUCAAUUGAAAGUGCCAGUGGUUGUUCGUCUUGAGGGUACCAAUGUUGAACAAGGGAAGAGAAUUCUAAAGGAAAGUGGAAUGACCUUGAUAACUGCCGAAGAUUUAGAUGAUGCGGCUGAGAAAGCAGUAAAAGCAACUGCUAGUUGAGUGGAAACCACUUUUAUAGUUUAUUUCAUAGUCUCUCCCUUUUUGACAGGAAACAUCUGAAUGUCCACAUUUCGAGUGUACAAGAAGAAAAUAGGGAUUAAAUUCUUCUUGAUAAGACUUGGAGAUGUUAUUCAGCUGUGACCUAACUAUCGGUCCUAUUGAUCCUUACCCCUCUGAUUUUACCCUUUCUUUAUUGAUGAUUGUGUUGUUCCCAGCUUCUGGAACUUUGAGAGUAUCCUAAAAAUUACUGGCCUUUAGAACCAUAUUUUUUUGUGGUCUUGUCGAUAAACUUAGAAUAAGCCUUUUAAUAUCUCCCAGUUAGCCAUGGGAACAGUUAUUAUACACGAGUAAAGUUGUUCA